AUUAGCGAGAGAGGCGCGAGCGGUGGAAUAACGGUUCUGCGGACAAAAGUAAGCUAUUCCCCGGGCAACACACCAGCUUUCCCCCCGGGAGACCAGCUUCGGAGAGCGGGGAGAGGAGCGAGACACGAGCGAAGAAAUCACCGACAUCAUCCGAGAACUAGGUGUAGUGCAUUCUUUCCAUCCAUGGCUUUGUCCAGGUGACCUCUGGUGAACCACAAGCCCUCAACACGAUGCAGUGUGAAGAGGGCACAGAGUGGCUCUUGGAGCUCCUCACUGAUGUCCAACUGCAGCAGUACUUCCUCCGGAUCAGAGAUGAGCUCAACGUCACCAGACUGUCCCACUUUGACUAUGUCAAGAACGAGGACCUGGAGAAGAUCGGCAUGGGGCGUCCUGGUCAAAGGAGGCUGUGGGAGGCGGUCAAGAGAAGAAGAGCUCUCUACAAACGCAAGUCCUGGAUGAGCAAGGUGUUCCCGGUGAAGCGGCCGGACUCGGACCCCCAGCAGCCCAGUGUUCAGGGGGCUUCCGGUGGGACAGGUCCAGGCAGCAGCAGCAGUGAAGGAGGAGCCUCUCUCACCUGCCUCAUCAGAGAGCCAGAGCUGCAGCUGUUAGAGAGGCUCGGAGAUGGGACCUUUGGGGUGGUCCGCAGAGGGGAGUGGACUGCACCCAAUGGGAGAGUGCUGUCUGUGGCCGUGAAGUGUCUGAAGGCCGGUGUGCUGGACUCAGACGGUCUAGACGACUUCAUCAGAGAAGUCAACGCCAUGCACUCGCUCAACCACCAAAACCUCAUUCGUCUCCAUGGCAUUGUGCUCACACAGCCAAUGAAAAUGGUGACUGAGUUAGCACCCUUGGGAUCACUGUUGGACCGCCUCCGAAAACGCCAGGGCCACAUCCUGAUCUCAUCUCUGUGUAAUUACGCUGUACAGGUGGCCUGUGGUAUGGCCUAUCUCGAGUCUAAGCGUUUCCUGCACAGAGACCUGGCGGCUCGAAACGUUCUUCUGUCCACAAACGAAACAGUGAAGAUCGGAGACUUUGGUUUAAUGAGGGCUCUGCCGACUCACACAGACCAGUACAUCAUGGAGGAGGGACACAAGAUACCUUUCCCCUGGUGUGCUCCAGAGUCAUUAAAAUCGCGGACCUUCUCCCACGCCUCUGAUACCUGGAUGUUUGGGGUCACUCUGUGGGAGAUGUUCACACAUGGACAGGAGCCAUGGCUGGGACUCAAUGGAAGCCAGAUCCUCCAUAAGGUGGACGUGGAGGCGGAGCGACUGUCCAAACCGGACGACUGCCCUCAGGACGUUUAUAAUGUGAUGCUGCAGUGUUGGAGCCCAAAGCCUGAGGACAGACCCACCUUCAUCGCGCUCAGAGACUUCUUGCUCGAGAUGAUGCCCACGGACAUGAGAGCUCUGCAGGACUUUGAGGAAGACGACAAGCUGCAGAUCAAAAUGAAUGACGUCAUCACCAUCAUCGAGGGGAGAGCGGAGCAUUACUGGUGGCGUGGUCAGAACCGUCGCACUCUCCGUAUGGGACAGUUUCCUCGUCAUGUGGUCACUUCAGUCGCAGGUCUGUCAGCGCAGGACAUCAGCCGCCCACUCCAACACUCCUUCAUCCACACGGGACACGGGGACACAGACCCGCACAGGAGCUGGGGCUUCGCUGACCGCAUCGACAGUUUGUAUUUAGGAAACCCAAUGGACCCUCCUGAUAUUCUCGGUACCAGUCCCGCUGAAGCAAGGCCAACCAAACUUCCCAACCGUGCCAAAAAACAACCUCCACCUCGGCCUCCUCAGCCUGCCAUUCUGCUAAAGAAGCCAUUUUACGACUCCGUGUUGGACGAUUAUGAUGAUGAGGAGGACACCAGCGCUUCGUCCGGUCUGAAAAAGCUGGGAGUGUCUUUGGGUCUAAAGCUCAGGCCGUGGGAGGGCGGAGUCCGAUCGGCCAAAAGUGAAGUGUCCCUCAUCGACUUCACUGACGACAGCUUCAGCUCCACCACCCCCUCCCCCCUCACAGAGCACCACCCACGGGACGAUGACACACUCAAGGACACCCCCUCCAUCUUGGACUGGCCAUUGCCUCAGCCGGCCUACGAUGAGGUGGCUACAGAGGCUGAGGACCAGUCUGAGGACCAGGAAGUGAGGACCAUCAACAAGAGCCAAACUGAAGACCCCUCUGUGGGGGCGGGGGCUGGAGGUGGAGUGGAAAUCAAACCAACGUCAAGAAAUGAAACUCAGUCUGCAGAUCUAUUCCAGGAACUACAAAGAGAGGUGAUGGUGAAGCUGCAGGUUCCCAUGUCGUCAGGCCGCUCCCUCCCCUCCUCCCCCCUCCCCCUCUUACCCCUGACCCCCCUCACCCCUCACAGACAGAUCUACCUCCCCUCCACCUCCCCCUCCUCCAGCUCCUCCUUCAGCGCCUGUUUAGAAGAACUACAACAACACCAAAAACAACCACCACAGCGGCCCCUGCUGCCUCCCCGAAGCCCUGCACCUCCUCUACGCCACUCCAAAUAUAGCCCCUCCCAAAAAUCCAACCAAUCACAGGUGCGUUCCAGCUCUAUCUCCCUGGGCAAUGAGGAAGACACGCCUCCGCAAAUUCCACCUAGAGACCACACAGCGUUUUCGCAACCAGCUUCGCGCUCCUCCUCUCCGUUGCCGUUGGUUCCCAUAGCAAUACCUCCUCCGCCCCAAUCUGUAUCCCCGCGUAGGACAGCAGGACUAUUGGGACCGCUUGUCUCAACAAACUCCCCUCCUUCAUCAUCGUCGUACUCUCCUCCUCAAGGCAGCGCGUCCCAAACAUCCAGAAUGGCCACCGCUCCUAUCUCCUCCUACUCGUCCACGUCACUGCUGGAUCCGCUUGUGUGUCGGGAUGGGCGGGGCUUCUCCUCUUUGAUUGACAGCUCGCAGACCACGCCCCCAGCUCCUUUACCAGAGCGUCCUGCGUUUCUGGAAAGAUAUGGAGCGGCUAACAUGGCAGCAGUCAAACCUAUAGUGCAGCAGCCUCCUCCUAAACCAAACUCCUCCUACAACAACAACAAUGGACGGACUACAAAUCCCAGCAUGCUUCCUGAGCAGAGCAUUGCUAAGGUCCAUGGAGAGGUUCACGGUGUCACUCUAGAGGAGUGUCGGGCCGCUCUUAUCACUCACAACUGGAGCAUCCCUCAGGCCAUCAGUCAUCUGAAGGUGGAGCAGUUGUUUCGUCUUGGGCUCAGGUCCAGAGGAGACUGUGAGGCGCUGCUGCAGAGCUGUCAGUGGAACCUGGAGCGAGCCAGUACUCUCAUGCUCAACACAUAUGGACCCCACAACAAGCCAUGAGACAAGAACAAGCCUGAUCUUCAAGCCUGAGUGAAGACUCCUGGAUCUACUGUGAAAACGGGACCCCAG